AUGAUUACUCAACUUGGGUUGCGAUCGAUCGGAAGGCUCGCCAGUCAUCAGCGUUCUGCUCUGCUCCAAGUGAGACCGCCGGGGUCGAAUGUACCAGUGACGAGGGAAGGCCAUCGAUGGAUAUCGACCAGCAAAGUUAAUCGGAUUUCCUUCGCCCGAGCCGAUAAGCAAUUGGUCUUGAGUGCUCAACAGACAGCCCCGCCACCCGGUUCGAGCACCCAUCCAGAGGAACCUUCGAGCGUCCCUCCGCCGCCCAAAGUCAAACCCCCAACUCACCGUCUUCGCACCUUUGCCCGCACGGUCCUCGUCCUCGUCCUCUCGGCAUCUGGUUACGUCGUCUGGAGAGCAUGGGAAGAACGUAAUCCUCCAGAACAACUUCCCCAUGACCCCGAGAAAAAGACUAUCGUUGUUCUCGGCAAUGGCUGGGGCGCCUCUAGUUUCCUCAAGGGCCUAGAUACUGAGAACUUCAAUGUCGUGGUCAUCAGUCCUCGGAAUUAUUUCUGCUUUACUCCUCUCUUGCCUUCUGUGACCGUCGGAACCAUUGAGCCCAGAUCGGUAAUCGAGCCUACCCGAUUUAUCACCCGACAUAAGCAGCGAGCCGUCCAUUGUUUUGAAGCAACGGCGACAGAGGUUGAUCCGAAGAAGAAGACGGUCCGGUUCACGGACGAAUCGGAGAUCAAAGGGGACGUGACGGAGACGGAGAUCGGAUAUGACUACUUGAUCUAUGCGGUUGGUGCUGAGAAUAAUACGUUUGGAAUACCAGGCGUACGAGAGCAUGGAUGUUUCUUGAAAGAAUUGAACGACGCCGAGAAGAUCCGUAAGAAGUUAAUGGAUUGUAUCGAGACGGCAACAUUCAAAGAUCAAUCCCCAGAGGAGGUCGACCGAUUACUCCACAUGGUUGUCGUCGGUGGCGGGCCGACGGGAGUGGAAUAUGCAGCCGAGUUGCACGACUUUUUAGUUGACGAUCUCUCGAGAUGGUAUCCGGAGAUCGCCGGCAAAGUAAAGAUCACUCUGAUCGAAGCCUUACCCAACGUACUCCCGAUGUUUUCUAAACAGUUGAUCGAUUACACCACCCAGACUUUCAUGUCCAAUCGGAUUAACGUGUUGACGAAAACGAUGGUCAAAGAGGUCAAUCCAAAAUCAAUCACUGCUUUGGAUGAGAGGAAGCAACUCAUGGAGAUUCCAUAUGGUUUAUUGGUCUGGGCUACUGGAAACACAUCCCGGGAGCUGACGCGACAGUUGAUGGCUGCUCUACCGGAGCACCAAACCCAGAAACGAGGCUUGCUAGUCGAUGAUCACCUUUCGGUGCUUGGUGCUGAUGGCAUUUAUGCUCUGGGAGAUUGCACUGCGACCUCUUACGCUCCAACUGCUCAAGCGGCUAGUCAGCAAGGCCAAUACCUCGCUCGACGCUUUGGCUUGAUGGCUAAACGCGAAAAACUUGAAAAUCAACUUGUUUUGGCUAAGCAGGCUGGAAGCCUGGAGGAACAGGAAGCGACUCUCAAGUCGCUCAAUCGAACAAACUUGAAAGAAUUUAAAUAUAGCCAUCAAGGAUCAUUGGCCUACAUCGGCUCGGAUAAAGCGAUUGCUGAUUUGCCUUUCUUCAACGGAAACAUUGCGACCGGUGGAGUAGCCACCUAUUUCUUCUGGAGAUCGGCCUAUGUCUCCAUGGCUUUCUCCUUCAGAAACCGCGUCUUGGUCUGCACUGAUUGGGUCAAGGUCAAGCUGUUUGGACGGGACGUCUCAAGAGCUUAA